AUGAUCACCAAAUCUCAUCAGCAAGACGCUUCAUCCAACGAUGCUGAUGAUGAACCCAAAGUACCUACAACAGCCGAAUCAGCAAUGAGAAAAAGGAGGAAGCAACAAAAGCUAAAUUCCGAUGAUCUAAAUCAUACAAACGAACACACUCAAAAAAUUGAAGACGAAAAGCAAAAAAAUCAUAUAAGAAACACUUUAGCAUCUGCUGGAAAAGGUCUUUCUUAUUUACUAUCCUUAUCGUUUCUUUCAAAAAUUGUUACAUUUUUGGCAAAUACAUAUAUUAUUAGACAAUUAGAUCCUGAUACUAAGGGAUUCAUUUUCAAAUCUGAGCUAUUUGCCAUGACGGUGAUAUUUCUGUCAUCUGAGUGUUUCAGACGGGCCUGUUUGAGAAGCAAUGUCAGUGGAACAGAGGAAGAUAGCAACAAGCAAUAUUUAAAAAUUAGAACAACUGCUCUUUUAUCCAUUCCAUAUGGGAUGAUUACUCUUUUAAUAUGUUAUUGUAUAUGGGGAAUCUAUUAUUUGCCAAAAGUGGAUGCGAAAAUAUCUCCUUUAAUCCUGUACAGCUUAGCAACACUUAUUGAAAUUGUUGCUCAACCCUUCUAUAUUGUAUCUAUGGCUCAGUUAGCUUUUGGUGUUCGAGUAUCAAUAGAAGCAGCGGCUCUCUUUGUCAAAAUUUUUACCAGUUUUGUAAUUGUAAAUAUCUUUGAUAUUUCCAACGUUUUGCAAUACUAUGGAUACAGUCAAAUUUUCUAUAGCAGUACAAUUCUGAUUGGAUACCUAAUUGAUAGAAUAAGAGCCAAAAAUACCAAAUAUGAAGGACUAAAAUUUGUGUGGGAUUGGAAUUUAUUUGGACUGUCACAAAGCUUUCUGUAUCAAUCUCUUAUCAAAUAUAUUUUAACUGAGGGAGAAAAGCAUAUCUUGAUCCUUUUCCAGUCUCAAUAUAACCAAGGAGUUUUCGACUUGGUCUUUAAUUUAGGAUCUCUUGCUGCCAGGCUAUUAUUUCAAUACAUUGAAGAAACUAGCUUUUCUAUUUGGAGCAAAUUGAGUAUAAUAAUUAAUAGUGACGAUUCCAAACCUAGCCAAGACAAACAAUUGGCUCAGGAGGCAGUGUCUACAAGUGCUAAAGUUCUGAUCCUAUUUUUGAAGAUGUCCACGCUACUUGGUUGCAUAUUUGCGUUUUUUGGUCCAGCCUACGCACACACCUUAGUUUAUCUCCUGUAUGGAAAUCAGUGGGCAAAUCAUACUGAGGCUCCAAAAAUUCUUUCCAUUUAUUGUAUUUACAUAUUAUUUAUGUCUUUGAACGGAAUUACAGAAGCAUUUAUUCAUGCCCUCUCGGCACGAACAGAAAUUAUCAAACUCAAUUUUGUUAUGAUAUUAUUUUCAGUGUUAUAUAUGAGUGUUUGUGUGACGUGCUUAUGGAUUUUUAAUCUUGGAACUAUCAGCAUGAUCAUUGCCAAUUGCUUUAACAUGCUAAUGAGAAUUUCCUACAGCGUGUAUUUUAUUAUUGGCUUUUACAAUAAGCACCAACAACAUUUAAACUCGAAUGCAAAACAAAUUCUGUUGGACGCUUUGCCAUCCAAGCUUGUCAUGCUGACACUAGUUACAUGCUUGAUUGUUACCAAAUAUGUGGAAAUUCAAUUUGACAUUGGCUCUUCAGCGCUCUUUUCUGUGAGAAGAAUUGGACACGUUGUUUUAGGUGCUACAUUCCUUGCCAUUCUCGUGGCCGUUUUGCUUAAAUAUGAGAAACAGUUCAUUGCUCAAUUUCAAAGGUUCAGACAAGGUACAUUAUUGAGUCGCUAG